AUGGCACCGACUGCUCCUUCAUCUUCAUCCGCGCCUUCGAAGCGCACAAAGCCCCCUCGUAGGCUCACGAUGGAGAAGAAAGCCGCCAUCAUUGAACAAGUCCAAAGCGGUCGGUCACAGGCAGAGGUGGGGAGGGAGUUCGGAAUUUCGAAGCAAACUGUUUCGGACUUCAUCAAAAACAAGGCGAAGAUCUUGGAAGUGGCUGCCAAAUCAACCGGGGCUGGAAAGAAGAAUGCGAGUCAGGGUGUUUACCCGCAGCUCAAGGAAGCACUCCUCGUGUGGCUCAGUGCCAUGAUCGCUAAGAAAAUCCCGAUGUCAGGCAACAUCCUGAAGCAGAAGGCGGAGGUUUUCGCGCUUCAGAUGAACGUGAAGGACUUCAAGUGCAGCGAUGGAUGGCUUCGCAAUUUCAAGAGCCGCAAUGACUUGAAGUUCAAGAAGAUGUGCGGAGAAAGCGGCGCCGUCGAAGAUUCCGUUGUCGCCGAAUAUCGGGAUGGAAAGCUGCAGUCCUUGCUUCAGCAGUUUCCACCUAUUGAUAUUUUCAACUGCGACGAAACUGGACUGUUUUACAAGCUGCUGCCAGAGAAAACGCUUGCAUUUGCCGGUGACCCCUGCCACGGCGGCAAGCACAGCAAGGAGCGGCUCACUGUCCUCGUUGGCAGCAACAUGUCAGGCAGCGAAAAGCUUCCGUUACUAGUAAUAGGCAAGUCGAAGCAUCCAAGAUGUUUCAAGGGGGCAGUAACUCUGCCUGUUCUCUAUGAAGCUAACAAGAAGGCGUGGGUAACGCAGCAGCUAUUCGAAGCGUACGUGCGCAAGCUGGACAGAAGGUUCGAGCAGCAAAAUCGAAGAGUUCUGCUGUUUGUGGAUAACUGCGCUGCGCAUGGCCACAUCAAGGACCUAAAGGCUGUACAGAUUGAAUUUCUGCCGCCGAACAUCACAGCAAUCCUGCAGCCGAUGGACCAAGGCGUGAUUCGUAACUUGAAGCAUCAUUACAAAUCACGCGUGCUCAGCCGCAUGGUGCUCUGCUCCGACAGCGGGAAAAGCUACGCUGUUGACCUCAGGCCUGCCAUCAACAUGCUAGCGGAAUCGUGGAAGGCGGUUACGCAAGAGACUCUGCGGAACUGUUUUCGCCACGCGGGCUUCACACUCGACGCCGAGACGGCCGUCUCGCCCCAAGUGGACCGCAUGAGUGUCCUCCAGCCCAUGGAGCAGGGCAUCAUCAAGAACCUGAAAGUGUUCUACCGAUCACGCCUGCUACAUCGCAUGGUGCUGUGCACCGACAGUGGCAAACGUUACAGUGUGGACUUGUUGUCAGCUGUUCACAUUCUUGCUGAUGCCUGGAAGGACGCUGGACUCAGUGUUGAGUCGGACGCUGGAACGCAGGACCCUGCACCUGAACUGCCUGCUAGUAUGCCAGACGUGAGCGGAGACGAGCUGAUUGAAGACCUGUAA